CAAAAAGAACGCGUCGCCGCAGUCGCUGCCCUUAACGCGUCUUUUUCUUCUUCUUCUUCUUUUUUUGCGCACCGCCGGCUUUUGGGUUUCCCGGCAGCAACGCCGGGCUUGUCGCGAGCGUGGACGAGGGGUCGGAGCAGGCCAACAUGGCAGCCAAGCGGAUUUCCCAAGAGACAUUUGAUGAUGUGGUACAGGAAAAUAUCAUUGAGUUUGGAAUGGAUCCGGAAGAGGCAUUGAAUGAAGCCAUCCAGCAGUUUGAAUCUCAAGGCGUAGAUUUAAGCAAUAUAGUAAAGAUUGUACCCAGUCCAGCUUCAGAGAAUGGUCAAGAACAGAAGCACAUGGUUCUACAGAUAUUGGACUGUCUCCAGAAAGCCGUCAUCGAUGCAGAUUCGAGCAAGGUGGACGAAUCUUUGGUGAACUUUGCCAAGCAGUGCAGGCUGGAGCUGUCGGUCCGUUACCUGGCUGCCCAGAAAGGUGCCUACCCUGCAGUCCUGGCUGCUUGUCGGCUGGCAUCGGAAGAGCGAUGCUCCCUUUUAAAAGCCCUCCAAGCCCUCUCUGCCCUCCUGGAGGGCCAGCCUGACAUCCUCGAUGUGCCCGGGCAGGAGCUGUUGCUGCGGGUGCUCCAGGAGAGCCGAGAUGACGCCGACCUCACUUUGGCCGGCGUCCGUUGCAUCCGAUAUGCGUGCCUGAAACACGAGCAGAAUCGUCAGGAUCUCGUGAAAGGGGGCGUCCUUGCCCUGCUGUCUGAGGCUAUAGUCCGGCACGGAGACCGGGCAGACGUGGUCCGGGAGGCCUGUUCGGGGCUGCGCAUCAUGACCUUUGAUGAUGACAUCCGGGUGCCCUUUGGCCAUGCCCAUGACCAUGCCAGGAUGAUUGUGGUUGAGCAUAACGGCUUGGGCAUCCUGAUAGAGGCAGCCAAAGGAAAAGGCAGCGAUUCGCCUGGUGCCUUAGCCAGGAGACCAAGCUGGCUCUCUAAAAAUAAAGUUUAUAGACUGUUAGUCCUGGAUCAUCACACCUGCCUUUUCCUUUCCUUUUCUCACCAGAAGCAAGCUUGCAUGUUGAUUCGCAACUUGGUCUCGCAUACGCAGGACUUCUCCCAGCCCAUCCUGGAGAUGGGAGCUGAGGACUUGAUCACUGAGGCCCGAGAAGCCCAUCGGGACUGCGAUGACGUGGCCAAAGCUGCCUUGAGGGACCUGGGCUGCAAGGUGGAGCUGCGGGAACUCUGGACUGGCCAGAAGGGAAGCCUGGCCCGUUGAGGUCUCUGUCCCCUCCACUGGGCAGCACCUGCGAAUGAGGAGUAGGAGAGGGAAGCAAAAGAUUGGAAUAAAUCCAGACUGAGCAGUUGAGAGCGGGUUAAAAGUGUAUUGAUGCCUUUGGAGUUGGAUAGGGCUUAGUUGCUACAGCAGGAGGCCUGCGCUCCAUACUCUCUUGCGUUCUUGGCUUCUUGGCCCAGGCUGCCCUUUUGCUGUGUUUUGUUGGCAAAGUCCAUGAAGCGGCCCUUCUCUCAUAAACAGGGUGGCAGUGCUGUGCCAACGAUGCCGCCCUGCAACAAUGCUUCCAUGUUCAAGAACGGGAGACGCCUGCGGUGCGUGUACGAAACUCUAGCGCCUGUACAAAUUGUCUCAAAAGAUUUUAGCGACAAAAGAGAGGGUGGAAGAGCAGGUGGUGGGAACUCAUGUUUUGCUACUGUCUCGGAAUACUUCCCUCUCCUGCCCUGCAGGUUUGUGUUACUCAACUAGGCCUUUGUUACUAUGACAACGGUUAAGCUUACCAGCUUCCUGCUGUAAUGCUUCCAUUUGUUUGAAUGUGCUGCCUGAAGUCCUGGUCUGUUUUUUGUCCUCAGCCAUUCCAGUUGUUUCUGUGUGUCAUCAUGCUGUUCAACCAAUGCAUGCUGCCUUUAUUUUUUCUCUAAUUGCUCCCGCCCUCAAUUUUUUUUUAUAAUAGAAGUGUCACCUGAUUAAGGGCAAAAAAAGAGGUUGAAUAGUGUGGGAUCCUUGCAUUGUGCACUUCGUAAAUAUCUGUACUCCCUUUGAACAUGUAUUCAAAUCAAAUUUCUAGCCCACGAGGGCUGUGGUUGGUGUGCACUCCAAGAGGUCAGAAAAGAAUGACCUUUUAUUUAUUUAUUUUCUCUUCCUUUUUCUGCCUUCCUCUCCUUGUGAUUAGUAAAAUCCAGGAUGAAUUAGUUCUCCAAAAUGGGACUAUUUAAAUAAACCAGUGUAAUUAAUGCAAGUGUUUUAACUUUCCUUGAUGUAGUUUUGGUUGCCUGUGGAAAAAUUGCCAGAUAUGUUAUAUAAAAAUAU